CCAUCUUCGUAACAGCGGUCUUGUUUACAUGCCGAGGAAGCUACGCUACUACCUGCGUUAGCAAAACGUUUUUCACUCAGCAAACGCUAUUGGCUCGCCACCAUGGGGAAGUCGUUUGCUAAUUUUAUGUGUAAGAAGGAUUUUCAUCCUGCAUCGAAGUCAAAUAUCAAAAAGGUAUGGAUAGCAGAACAGAAGCUGACCUUCGAGAAGAAGAAGCAAGAAGACCUAAUGCAGGCAUAUCUGAAAGAGCAAGACACUUACAACAACAGGUUGUUGAUGGGUGAUGAUCGUGUUAAAAAUGGCCUUAAUUUCAUGUAUGAGGCUCCACCCGGAGCAUCCAAAGAGGAGAAGAAAGAGGAGGGGGAGGAAGAGUACAAAUUUGAGUGGCAGAAAGGAGCUCCUAGAGAGAAGUAUGCAAAGGAUGACAUGAAUAUUAGAGAUCAGCCCUUUGGAAUCCAGGUGCGCAACGUGAGAUGCAUCAAAUGUCACAAAUGGGGCCACGUGAACACAGACAGAGAGUGUCCUCUGUUCGGACUGUCGGGUAUCAAUGCCAGCUCUAUGGCCUCAGAGGAUGGCGCAGGUCCGUCGAUGCACCCCUCGGAGUUAAUGGCGGAGAUGCGAAACAGUGGGUUUGCUCUGAAAAAAUCUGUCCUUGGUAGGAAUUCAACUGUUUGCGAUCCAUUGCAGGAUUAUGUGGCCAGUGAGGAAGAGGAAGACCCCGAAGUGGAAUUCCUGAAGUCUUUAACAACCAAGCAAAAACAGAAACUCCUCAGAAAACUGGAUCGGCUAGAAAAGCAGAAGGCAAAGAAAAAGAAGAGCAAAAAACAGAAGAAGAAGAGCAAAAGAAAACACAAGAAAAAGCAUGAAAGCAGCGACAGCUCGAGUGACUCCUCCAGUGGCAGCAGCAGUGAUGAUAGUGGCUCAGAUUCAGACAGUCAUAGCAAGUCCAAGAGCCAGAAGAGAAAGAAGAACAAGAAAAAAGAUUCCUGUCGGGAUAACAGCUCUGAGAGCGAGCGACAAGUCAAGAGUCAGAGAAAGGCCUCUUCUCACAGGAGCAGGUCACCGAGCCCUCGCACUGGACAGAAGCAGACUAAAGAGGAGUCUGGAGAUUAUAGACAAACAAGGAUAGAGAGGGGAAGGAGCAGGAGUCAGAAUCGCAGCCCCAAGAACGCGAUCACGCUGGAAGGAGGUCAAGAGAGAAAGAGGUACAACAGCAGGGACAGGCAGAGACCUGGCAGCUCCAAGUCUGGCUUGGACAGAAGUAGAAGCCACGAGAGAGGCAGGGAGGACGAAGGUAAAGACAGACGUCACAGCAGAGAUGGUGAGAGGAACAGAAGUAGCACAGAAGGAAGGAAAGGCAGAACAGCAGAUGGGAGGAGCAGAAGCAGAGAAAGGAGAAGAGAAAGGGAGGGCAGAGGAAGAAGCCGGAGUAAGAGUAGGGAGAGAAGAGACAGAAGUGGGGACAGAGCGAAUAGAAGACACUGACCUCCUUUUUUUUUUUUUUUUUUUUAAGCUUGUUUUUCCUGCAUAUAGAACCAGAGGAAAAAGGAAAAUCUCAUGCAUGUCUCUUGCACUAUCUGUUAAGUAGUGAUUUUUGUUAUGCAUGUAGAGUCCCUUUAUUUAAAUAGAAGAAAUUGUGCGUGGAUCUCAGUUUCUUCCAGCAGAGGGAAGCAGUCAACAGAAAAUAUCUAGAUGCAUGUCAGUGCACACUGAUGCUGUUUUGUACUGUAUGAAAGGGUCUAAAUGAAUUGGUUACCAUUGAAAGUAAUUUGCAUCUGAUCCAUUGAUGGGAAAAUGCUGGACUCCUUUUCAGGUCACUACCAAAAAAAAUAAUAAAAAAAUUAAUCUGAUGCAAUUUUUAAAUCUUACUUUUAUGAUUGUGUUUGUGAAAAUGUUUAGAUUUUUUUUUUUUUUUGUUAAAAGCAGGACUGUUAAUUUUUUGAUUAAAUCUUUAAAUCUA